AAAUAUUCUCGCUUCACUAAUAGACGAUACAGACUAUGAAAAUAAAAUAAGAAAAAUUGAAAUACUGUUUAGUUUGAUCGUGGCACUAUUGUCUAUGUCAAUUGGACCGUGAAAGAAGAUUUAAUACUGGUAACUGAAGAUGGUAAAUAUCAUCUAAUUGAUAUAUUCUAUCAUAAUAACAACAAUGAUGAAUCCAUUACAUUAAGUGAGUCUGUAUCGUCUAUUAGUGAAGCGAGAAUAUUUAAUGCCAAAUCUGGUAGUGGAUUAAUUGCACUUAAACGAAAUCAUGAAGGUUUUAUUGUUGUUAAAAAUGUAUACGAUCCUAUAAUUCAAACAAUAUCAAUUAUGAAUUCUGAUGUACGUUCAAAUUUAACGAUCACAGCUUGGUGUGUUAUUGAUCAUAUCGAUACAACGAUAGCUUAUGCAUGUGAUAAUAUGAUUUACACGUGUAAUCAUAGUAGUUCAAAGAAAGAUCAGCAACAGAUAUCUGGUAUUAACGAUACAAUAAUUAAAAUGGUUACAUCAUUUGACUAUCAGACAAUAGCUGUAUUAAAGCAAAAUGGUGAUGUUUUAAUUGGAUCAAAAUCAUUGACACAUCCAUUUACCUUAAAAUUUAAUGGAAAUAAUGAGAAAACUCGAAUAACAGAUAUUGCAUGGUGUGGAAACGAAGCCAUUAUUGCUAUACGUUCAACGUCAACAACAUGGUAUGAUCUACUUAUACUCGAUAGUAAUAAAUCAAAAGCAAUAACACCAACAAGUCGAGAAAUAAUUACUUCCGAUACGUUGUAUUAUACAACAUAUGUAUGGCUAUUUCCGGAACUUGAUGGUGUGCGAAUAUUAUCUGGUGAUACAUUACAAUUUUUUCAACGUGUACCAAAAGAAUUAUAUAAUGUAUUACAAGUCAUAUCCGAAGAGCCUGGUGCACAAUUGUACAAUGCCUAUAUUAAUUACAAAGUAUAACCACUUUACAUGGGAGAUAAUUUAUAUAUUUUCUCAUAAAUUUUUGUUUUACAACUGCUUUUUUAUGACAGAAAAGCUUAAGUUUUGGGAACUUGAACUGAUUCUUACUACGCGUGCAGUCCUCAAGACUUCCUUUCUGUAACAUUUCUCUCAACGCGGUUGAGAAUAUAUACGUCAGACGUCGCCGAAAUAAUCCGGUAUUUCGAUCUUCAGUGACGGUCACCUAUUCACUUUCUAAUCGUUGUCGUGACGCUUAACCAGAGAAAAGACAAAGUCAUUGUCACAAUUUCUCCAUAAGUCAUGCGAGUUUAGUGCGGUUAAAAAACGAAAAUGAUUUUAAUAUUUUCUC